GAAGAUCUGUGUGCACUGUAAGUGUCGUCGUGAGGAGCAUGCAGUGACAACCAUGCCUGUAGAAAUGGAGAAGACGGUCACCAAGCUGAUGUACGACUUCCAGAGGAACUCUACCUCUGACGAUGACUCCGGCUGUGCUCUGGAGGAGUACGCCUGGGUACCACCUGGACUUAAACCUGAGCAGGUUCACCAGUACUACAGCUCCCUGCCCGAGGACAAGGUGCCCUAUGUGAACAGCCCAGGAGAGAAAUACCGCAUCAAACAGCUGCUCCAUCAGCUACCGCCCCACGACAAUGAGGUACGCUACUGCAACAGUCUGGACGACGAGGAGAAGCGAGAACUGAAGCUCUUCAGUAACCAACGGAAACGGGAAAACCUGGGCCGAGGCAACGUCCGGCCGUUCCCCGUGACAAUGACGGGGGCGAUCUGCGAGCAGUGCGGAGGCCAGAUAAAUGGUGGUGACAUUGCUGUGUUUGCGUCCCGCGCCGGUCAUGCCAUGUGUUGGCACCCUGCCUGCUUCGUGUGCAGCAUGUGCAACGAGCUCCUGGUGGACCUCAUCUACUUUUACCAGGACGGGAAGAUCUACUGCGGCCGGCACCACGCUGAGCGACUGAAGCCGCGCUGCACCGCCUGCGAUGAGAUCAUCCUGGCGGAUGAGUGCACUGAGGCAGAGGGGCGUCACUGGCACAUGAAGCACUUCUGCUGUUUCGAGUGCGAAACGGUGUUGGGGGGCCAACGCUACAUCAUGAAGGAGGGACGGCCCUACUGCUGCUCCUGCUUUGAGUCCCUCUAUGCCGAGUACUGCGACUCCUGUGGGGAACAUAUUGGCAUUGACCAAGGCCAGAUGACGUAUGAUGGGCAGCACUGGCAUGCCACAGAGGACUGCUUUUGCUGCGCCCGCUGUAAACAUUCCCUGCUGGGUCGCCCCUUCCUGCCCAAGCAGGGUCAAAUUUUCUGCUCCCGCUCCUGUAGUCUGGGGGAGGAGCCCAAUGGCUCAGACUCCUCUGACUCUGCCUUCCAAAGCGCUCGCUCAACCAGAGAGUCCAGACGCAGCUCAAAGGGGGGAAAGAGUGGUGGAGGAGGGGGUGGAGUGCAGGCGGAGAGAUUCUCAGGGGAGGUGGACCCACUGUCUUUACAAAUGGAUCUUCUGAGUCUCUCCAGCCAAACCCCCAGUUUGACUCGUGAGCCACCUGCCUGGCAGAACCAGAAGCAAGCAGGGGAUGGCUACAAAUAUGAAUCCCAAACAGACCAGAUUGCCAACCCCACCCCUCUCCAGCUCCUUAGUCAGUGCAAUGUCAGGACUUCCUAUAACCCUGCCUGCGCUGGACAGACCAAUCAACAGCAGGAUCACAGGAUCAAGGAGAACGGAGGUUUAAAGAGACCUCCCGUCUCAGCAAUGAAGGGCCACUCUCUGACUGAGACGUGGUUCCAACAGCCAGGUCCAGAGGAGUACUAUCCACCCAAGCUGAGGACCCAAAAGAGCUUCACUGAGGUGUCCCAUUGCUCUCAGCACAACAACAGCUUCUCCUCAGAUAAGCGCUCCAUCAGUCUGCACGGCUUCCAGAGGGACCGGGACAGAGAUGCAGGGCCGCCGGCACCACCCCAGGUUGCGAGAAGCAGGAACCCAAUCAAUGCACUUAACUUCACUGAGCAACUGACCCCUCUCGAGCAGACCCCAAGAGGAUCCAUGGAGUCCCUGGCCCUGUCCAACACAACAGGUAACUCAGCAGAUGGAGGAAAGCGUCAGGAGCACCUUUCUCGUUUCUCCAUGCCAGACCUUAGCAAAGACUCUGGAAUGAAUGUGUCAGAGAAGAGCAACAUGGGCACCCUCAACUCUUCAGUGCAGUUUCGUAGCUCUGAGUCUCUUCACAGCCUCACAGCAAAUCAGCCCUAUAUGGAAAUGGAUCCCCCCAGAUCCUCCCAGUACCAGGUGCAGUACUGUGACCCCUCUGGCAUGGGUGUGGGUAUGGGUAUGACUCAUUUACCGCCUGGCUUCACCUUCCAGGAGGAGGAUAGAGUUAGUUUGGUGAGCAGUGCUAACGCUGCCCGCCUGCCACCCAUCAGUGAGCGCAGGAUGGGAGAGGGACCAGAGGAGACUCCCCAGAGGCGUCGGCACCACCACCGCUCUCGGAGAUCCCGGCGUUCCCGUUCAGAAAACGCUCUCAACUUAGUGGCAGAGCGGAGGGCAAGACCUCAAGAAAGACCACAGCUGCGCGUCUGUGAGGAUUACGACCGUUUCCCACCACCGAGGAACGCCAGGGAGUUUGGAGUAGGAGGAGGAGGGGGAAGAUACCAGCCCCAACUCUUCAGGCAGUGCCCUAGGACCACUUCAGACCUGACACUUCAGAAUCCAGGGGCCAGCCGGCGCACAGGCUUAAACCAAUACUCCUGGGAUGAUUAUGAUGACGACGACUGGUGCUCCACCUGCUCUUCUUCCUCCGAAUCAGAGGAUGAAGGUUACUUCCUAGGUGAGCCAAUCCCCAGACCCAUCCAGCUGCGCUACCUCAGCAACCAGGAGCUCGUCCAUAAGUACAACAAUACAGGGAUGGGAGGACCCAACCGUAGCGGGCAGUUACAUACUCGCAAACGCAGAAAAAGCAAGAACUGCAUUAUUUCCUAACAUCCUGACGUCUGAGAAAAGAAAUGACUCAUUGUCACCCCAAAAUGACACCCAGUCCAUUUAUUCAGUGUUGUUGAGUGUUGAAUAUCAUGUAAUUGAAAGUCAGUGAUGAAUUACAGUCGGUAAACAGUGAAAAAGCACCAGUGUUUGCAUGUUUGUUCAUUUUAAUGUUUCGGAAUAUCUCCUGAGUAUUAAGGCUAACAGUUACAUGUGCAGUUCUACCAAGUCACAACAUUUAUCAAAAGCUGAUGUGCAAUUCUUUUUAAUCAUCACUUCCAUGCAGCAAACAAGUGUGCAAGAUAGUCGGUUUGGUACAGUAGCUUUUUCAUGCAAUGUGAUUUAGAUAUAGGAUAUACUGUACUAUUGUAUUCAGUUCAUAGUGUGUACAUAGAUAAAUGAAUUAAUAAUUUCACUUAAGUUAAGGAAGUCAGUGUAAAUAUGGUUGUAAAUGAGGCCGCACAUAUUUUUAUAUUUUGUAUGGAUAGAAUCAUUUAUGUAUUAAAUAUCUAUAAUGUAGAGAUAGAAAAUGACAAAAACAACUUAUGCAUGUUUUAUUUGGCUGACCUGGUCCUGCAUUUGGAAUA